CGGAAGUCAUACAUUGAAACUGUCUAAAACAAAAGGAAUAAACAAAUAAUAAUCUGUUUAUGUUUUUGCUUUAGCUUUAGAGAGAGAGAGAAAGAGAGAGAGAGAGAGAGAGAGAGAGAGAGUGGAAUGGGGAGCCUGACCGUACCUCAUAUUGUUCCAACUCCAGCUGAAGAUGCCAACGCCCUCAAGAAAGCUUUCCAUGGAUGGGGAACUGAUGAGAAGACACUGAUAAGGAUAUUAGGACACAGAAAUGCAAACCAGAGAAGAAAUAUUAGACACACUUAUUUCCAGCUUUAUAAUGAAUCCCUCAUUGACCGUCUCUCUUCUGAACUCUCUGGAGAUUUUGGAAAAGCGAUUAUUUUGUGGGCGUAUGAUCCUUGCGAAAGGGACGCGAAAUUAGCCCGGGAAGCCUUGGAAAACAGUAAGAAAAGUGUUGAGCAUCUCAAAAUCAUAGUUGAGAUGUCAUGUGCUUCAUCUCCUGACCAUUUGGUGGGAGUGAGGCAAGCUUACACUUGUCUUUUUCAUUGUUCUUUGGAAGAAGAUAUUGCAUCAAAUGUGUCUCCUUCUUCACUAGCAAAGCUUCUAGUGGCUGUAGUGAGCUCAUAUAGGUAUGACAGAGAUGAGGUGGAUUCUGGUAUUGCUAAUUUAGAGGCAUCUAAAUUACAUGAGGCUAUUAAAACAAAGCAAUUAGACGAUGAUCAUGUUAAUUGGAUACUCAGCACUAGGAAUUUCUAUCAACUAAGAGAAACUUUUGCAUGUUACAAAACUACUUAUGGAAAUCUUAUUGCUCAGGACAUUUUGAGUUGUGGGAAUGGCAAGUUCGAGUCUGUCUUAAAAGUGAUUAUUUGUUGCUUAGACUCACCUGAGAAACAUUUUGCUGAGGUCAUUAGGGACUCCAUUGUUGGGUUUGGAACAGAUGAGGACUCCCUAAGUAGGGCUAUUGUGAGCCGAGCCGAAAUCGAUCUUAUGAAAGUGAGGGAAGAGUAUCAAAAUCUGUACAAAACCAGUCUUGAUGAUGCAGUUGUUGGUGAUACAUCAGGAGACUAUGAAGAUUUCUUGAUGACAUUACUUGGAGCAAGAAACUAAUGUUUGAACAAAAGUGUUUCAAAUGGGUGUGACAAAAUAAAAAUUGUGAAACCUUAAUUAUUCCAAACAUUAUAAUUUGAUGUAAUUGAUGAAUGUUUAUAUAUAUGUUUGUUGUUCCUCUUUCA